UUCGUCUAUUUCUUUAUCUUCAUUAUCUCCCCAUCUUCAUUUAGGAUUUUCUCGUUUGAGUAAAACAAUGAUACUAAAUCAUACGGAUUUUUUGGAACCAAUUUCCAAAGCCUUAGAUGGCGACAUAGUCACAUAUUACAAUUCAAACGAAGAUGACCAGGCAUCUUGGUUCCUGAAACUGGAUAAAAACUAUCUGAUGAAAUGGAUACUCGUAUCAGUCAGAGGAGGGAAUUAUGAAGUAUACGUCAAAGAUGGUGGCCAAACAACCAAUCCAUCCACAUUAUGUCGGAAUUUCAGUUUUACCGGACCAAAUUACUUAAAGAGAAACAACAAAGCUUUGGAAUGCUACAGAGAAAUGACAGGGGAUACAAUUGUAAUAAAAAGAAGAGAUGGUACAUCAAUGAGGAUUUUUGAGGUGUACCCCAUAAUUUGUCCUGAAAACCACUACGGACCAGACUGCGCUAAAUGCAAAGUGGGGUGUAUAUCCUGUAGUCCUAUAACUGCUGUAUGUUACCAAUGCCAUGGGCCGUUCUACGGGGAUUUCUGUCAGCACACAUGUCCGGCAAACUGUUUGAACUCGAUGUGUGACCAGAGGACAGGUGUAUGUGAAGGAUGUCAUGGCGCGUUCUAUGGUGACCUUUGCCAGUACAGCUGCCCAUCAAACUGUUUGAACUCUAAAUGUGACCAGGCAAACGGGACGUGUGAUACCUGUAAUGAAGGUUACCAUGGAAUGAAUUGUGAAUUGCUGAUAACGACGAAAAUAUUCUCGGAAAGAACACCCACAAGUUGUAAUCGUUCUUGCAUCACAUGUAAUCCUGAGGUUCAAGUUUGUCUGUUCUGUACCAUGCAUCAGCUGUUUGACACAUGUCGGUAUAAAUGUAACGAGAUCUGCUCCGGAGACACUUGUCAUGACUUGGAGGAAAACUGCACAAGGAACAUUAUGGAGAAGAAAGACUGCCUUGAUUGUAGUAAGAUUUGUAUUCUACAAGAAUCCCAAUCAAAUCAUUUCUCAAACUGUAGCUGGAACUGCUGUAACGAUACUUAUGUCUGAGUAUAUAUUCAUUUAAUUGAUUCUUAGGUGAUUAAUUUGUUGUUUUUUUUCCUUCUAAUUUUAGGCUUAUCGAUGAAUUACUAUAUCUUUAGUCCAUUGAAUAUAAUCUCGUUUUACAUAUUUGAACACCUUCUCAAAACGCAUCAUGCUUUUGGAAGUUGCAAUAAUGGAAAAGUUUUGUGACACGUCUUAAAUUCGAAUGCUUUCGGUAGUUUUAUUGUACUUUAUGUCCUUAUAAAACAUUAUUUACUUACGCUUGGAAAUUGAGUAUACUCCUUUUAUGCGUAAUGUUUUGAAUACGUUAGGGAUCGCGUUACUUUUCGUAUAUUGUUCCUGGCAUUAAACAACGCCUGGUGGUCCGUAGAAACAAACAACAACAGGUAUUUAACCAUUUCUCACAAGAAAGAUGUACUUUGCCAUAAAAAGAGUGCAUAUUUGUUUGAUGAACUACUAUUAGAUCUUACAAUAAGGAAUCCUUAAACUAAUGAGUUCAUGCUUUUCUAUGCUCUAAUGUAUAUAAUUGCUUUUAUCCAAUAUAGAUGGAAAGAGUGACAACAAUAUAUUUACUUUACUUUGCUAUACUUUCCAAUCUUUUUUUUUAAUUUUUAUUUGAUGUAGAAACUUGAUGUAGUUAGAAAUUGUGCACUGCUCUCUGCAAAUAAUAUAUUAGGAAUGUUUUGGGGAUCAUUACCAUACUUUAGACUUGCAAUUCGACGGAAUGUAAAAACUGAAAAGUAAUCAACUAUUUUAUACAUUGCUAUAGGAUCUCAGCCUGCCUGAAUACGUCAAUUGGACUACAAAACUGGCAAGCAAAUCUCCUGUGAAUGAGCAUCUGUUUGGUGGACUACUGUAAUUCUUCUAUAUUGCACUGAGGGCGUUCAGCAGAAGAAGGAACCAAUGCAAAGGAAUUUAUUCAUGUGAACACAAUUUUACACUGAUAAAAUGUCUCCAGUACUCGCCGGACAAGGAAGUGGACAUCGGUCCUUAGACUGCCAGACUGGAUGUGUUUGACUACUACGUGCUGAUAUAUGGUUGCCAAAUGGUUGGCAAAUGGCAUGUGCUUCUAUUCUAUCUCAACACUGAAUUUGUAACACACGUCAUAUUGUGUUGUCAUUUAUAACACUCUAAAAAAAUAUCAUUUGUCAAUAUUGCAACAGAUUAGGGAAUCAGCAUGGAAAAUUUCAUAAUGGAAAGAAACAAAGUGUGCGAAUUCCAUCUAUCUAUUUCUGUUGCAUUGAUUGGGUCAAUCAAUUGUAUGUGAACAUGAUUGUAACGUGCAAGCAAGACUGAACCGGGGAUUCCUAGAGCUAAGAAAAGUGGAAAGAAGUUCAUCAACUAGAAACGACGCUAAAAGAUAUUUAGAAUUCAGAAAGUUGGAAUUCAAACACAAAAGUGUUUUAUUGAUGAGGCUGCUCUGAAUCAUGGCAUUAACUUUGUGUGCCGUACACGUUUGAAUAUAUUUGAUACACUACUCCAAACCUAGUGCACCGAUGUUUACCAAAAUUUCGAAUAAGGAUCUGCAGGUUUUCGGAUCUAUGAUUUAGCUGAUUCAAUGCGAUUAGUUCCUUCAUUGACAUCUGUCAUGUUAUCCAAGUCGAUAUAAUGUAAUAAAGCGGUCUCUCUUUAAAUAUGUAAAUAUUGGAAAUACAAAAUACUAUCUAAAGAAAUGUUAUCCUAAACUGGAAACAUAAAAACAAUGUCAUAUUUGCAAGUAAUAUCCUAGAUAUGAUAUUUACGAUCAACGAAAUAACGUUAUAUAAUAAGAAUCCCAUGUAUUCAAUUACUUCCUGAAUACUUAUCACAUACAUGUACUUACUUUGUGUAUCAAUCGAAUUCGGGUGAAAAAACUGCGUAUGUAAUGCAGUGAUGGAUAUUUGUCCCACUUCCGUACCGUUUGUAUGUAAACAAGUUGUUUCGCUCCUUACCAUGUACGGGAGUUAUCCAAAGGGAAAUAUAUCGGACAUAUCUCGAAACUGACGUAUUGCGAGCAGUCAUCACAAAGACCGAGGUACCAUUAAUCUUUAUAAACUAAAAUUUUACGGUGCUAAUUUACAUAAUCCUGGGUAAAUACAUCCCAUGUUAGCUGCAUCAUACUUCUUAUCAUCAAAAUAAAAUUCAAUUCUUAAAA